GGAGAGGAAGGAGCGCACUGCCGGAGCUGCCGGGAGACUGAAGAGAGAGAGAGAGAGAGAGAGGGACACACACUCAGCGUCGAGAAGUGAGAGAGCGCGAGAGAGAAAGCAAACGGGCACAGCAGAGCGCGUUUAUGCAAAGAAGCGCACAGUUUGCUAGAGGAGAGCGGAGAGGCUGCACGUUUGUUCUCUGUCGAUCAGCUUUACGCACGCCGGCGCUGCCUCUUCCACGAGAUCUGGUGAAAUCUUUUGCGCAAGAACGCAGCGUUAUCGGGGCAGUUCUACACAUUUAGAGGAAAUCGAUGGGAAAAAUAUUCAUUCAGCUCUCAGAUACACGUGCUCAUGUCUUGUAAAUGAGCAAAUUUCAAAAGAGAGCCGGAGAAGAAGAUUUUUGGAUGUUUAAUAAAGACGAGGAGGAAACUCAUGAUACUUUUUUACAGGUUUUGUAAAAGUUAAUGGUUUUUGGCACAUUUCCUGCUCGCUCCUGGUGUUACCAACUCCGGAUUUUUACUUUUUUUCUUUAAUUUAAGACUUGGUCUGUGAAGGAGUGUGUCAACGAGGUAUAUAUUCCCACGCGCGUUGUGACUGACAGGGACUGUGCGCACCGCUAUGGAUCUUGUGGCUUUAAUAUUGCGUUUAGAAUGAAAAUUGCGCUGAUUUUUUGGCACAGAUUGGCUUCAGCAAAAGCGCCAGGUUGUUUAAACAGUGUGGGAAAAGCGACAUAUUCCUGGAAAGCCCAGUAAACGCAAUCCGGCGUUUCUGGAAGAUUGUGGGCACACUUGUGUCGCGCUUCAGAGGAGGAGGACUGUUAGAAAAAGAAAGGAAAAGAGGACUCUGGACUGCAGUUUGGACUUAGUUACACUAAAAACUACAACCAGACUAAGAAGAGGUGUUUCUUUUCUUCACAUCAGAGGGAAAAGAUGGAUUUAUUCGUAUGGCUCUGUGGAUGUUUACUGGCUUUUCUUUUGCCUUCAGCGGUCAUAUCAGAGGAAGGAGCUUCUGAGCCAUGUGGAGGUUACUUAGAUGCCAGCGAUGCCGGCUACAUCACCACCCCCGGCUACCCGCUGGAGUACCCACCUCACCAGAACUGCCGCUGGAUCAUCACAGCCCCUGAGCCUUCACAACGCAUCGUCCUCAACUUCAACCCACACUUUGAGAUUGAGAAACUGGACUGCAGGUAUGACUAUGUGGAAAUCCAUGAUGGGAACUCAGAGUCAGCUGACCUCCUGGGGAAGCACUGCAGCAACAUCGCCCCAGCACCCAUCAUUUCAUCAGGACCCUCGCUCCACAUCAAGUUUGUAUCAGACUACGCCCAUCAGGGGGCGGGCUUCUCGCUGCGCUACGAAAUCUUCAAAACAGGCUCGGACUGUUCCCGUAACUUCACCAGCCCCACGGGUCUCAUUGAGUCUCCAGGCUUCCCUGACAAAUACCCCCACAACCUGGAGUGCUCCUUUAUCAUCAUCGUGCCCCCCAGCAUGGACGUCACUCUCACCUUCCUCACUUUUGACCUGGAGAACGACCCCCUUCCUGGAAGCGAGGGGGACUGCAAGUACGACUGGCUGGAAGUGUGGGACGGUCUCCCAGGAGUGGGCCCUCUGAUUGGUCGAUACUGUGGGACCAGGUUUCCCCCAGAGAUCCAAUCAUCCACUGGGAUUCUGGCUCUGUCCUUCCACACCGACAUGGCUGUGGCUAAAGAUGGUUUCUCAGCACGCUACAACAUGACACACAAGGAAGUCAGUGAAACUUUUCACUGCAGUAAUGCUUUUGGUCUGGAGUCUGGAAAGAUCACAGACGACCAGAUCACGGCCUCGUCCACUUUCUACGACGAUCGCUGGCUGCCCCGUCAAGCUCGUCUCAACUACAACGACAACGGAUGGACGCCCAACAAAGACAGCAACAGGGAGUACAUACAGGUGGACCUCCAUACUUUGAAGGUGCUAACAGGCAUUGCCACUCAAGGCGCCAUUUCAAAGGAAACUCAGAAGGCGUACUAUGUCACCACCUUCAAGCUGGAGGUCAGCACCAACGGAGAGGACUGGAUGAUCUACAGGCACGGCAAGAAUCAUAAGGUUUUCCAUGCCAAUGCUGACGCCACAGAGGUUGUUCUCAACCGGAUCCCUCAGCCCGUCUUGGCCCGCUUCGUCCGAAUCAGACCUCAGACGUGGAAGAAUGGCAUUGCACUGCGUUUCGAGCUUUACGGCUGUCAGAUCACUGAUGCUCCCUGCUCAGAGCUGCAGGGCAUGCUGUCCGGUCUGCUUCCAGACUCCCAGAUCUCUGCGUCAUCCAUGAGGGACAUCCACGGCUCCACUGGGGCAGCCAGGCUGGUGGCCAGUCGCUCAGGCUGGUUUCCAAACCCAACACAACCCAUAGCUGGAGAAGAAUGGCUGCAGGUGGACCUUGGGGUGCCAAAAAUGGUACGUGGCAUCAUUACCCAGGGUGCAAGAGGACUGGAGGGGAGCACCAGCGCUGAGAACAGAGCGUUUGUUAGGAAGUACAAACUGGCACACAGCUUGACGGGCAAAGACUGGACCUACAUCAUUGACAGCAAGACCGGGUUUGCUAAGAUUUUUGAAGGGAACAGCCACUACGACACACCGGAGGUGAGGAGGUUUGAUGAGAUUGUGGCCCAGUACAUCAGAGUUUUUCCGGAGCGGUGGUCCCCUGCUGGGAUCGGCAUGAGGAUGGAGGUGCUCGGCUGUGACCUGCCUGAAACCACCACCAUACCUGACACUGCGACCCCCACCGUACCCAGAGAGGAACAGACGACUGCUGCAUGGAGACCAGCCACCACUCCGUCCCUGUCGGCCGUGUGUGACUUUGAGCAGAGUUUGUGCGGCUGGUCGGCUGAUCCUCAGUCAGGUGUGAGCUGGUCUCUGCACACAGCCAGCAGCAGUUCAACGGGACACGGAGGACACGGGACGAGGCAGGAUCUGUCACUGGGAUCAGACAAUUUCUCAGGGAACUACCUCCACCUUGAUGCAGGCGCCCACACUCAGCGCAAGCGAGCCCGUCUAAUGAGCCCAGAGGUAGCGCCCGAGCGAGGCCCGCUGUGCCUCCUCUUCUACUACCAGCUCCAGGGGGAGGCACAGGGGAGUCUAAGGGUGCUGCUGAGGGACGGUGACCAGGAGGAGACACUGCUAUGGGCCCUGAAAGGAGACCAGGGUUCACACUGGAGAGAGGGCCGCACCAUCCUGCCUCAGAGCCCAAGGGAGUAUCAGGUGGUGUUCGAGGGCUUUUUUGAUCACCCAACAAGAGGCCACAUCAGAAUAGAUAACAUCCACAUGAGCAAUAGUAUCGAUCUGGAGCAGUGUACACAGCCUUUACCUGCCUUGACUCCUGGCAUAACCAGGGGUGCCAUGUCUGGGAUGGAGCCCACAGUAGACACAGUGGCGGUGCAGCCUCUCCCUGCCUACUGGUACUAUGUGUUAGCAGGAGUUGGCGCCCUGCUGCUGCUGGUCACCGUCACCGUGGCGGUGAUUCUGUGCUGUCAUCGGUACCACUGGGCCACCCUGAAGACCAGCAGUAGUCAUCAUCAUUCAGUGAUGUACCACAACAGCCAGCAUCCAAAUCUACAUGCUCACCAAAACUGCUACCAGAACCAAAACCUCAGCUAUAAUCUGAUCCACUGCCCCAACCAAAACCACCUGUACCCAGGUACCGGGGCGAGUGUUGACCCCAUGCUGACCAUCAAACUGGAGAAAGAUGACAGCUAUGACUCCCAGUGCUGAAAACAACUCAAGACAAGCUCUGAAUGAUACCAGUUUAAAGGAAAGGGUGUGAAACUUCUUAAAAUAAGGAUCUACAGAAUCAACAAGGAAGAGGCGCUGUGGUUCCUGUCACAGUGACUGAUCUGUUUCACAGAUGCAGGAUGCUAAACUUCCUGGUUGUCUGCAACUUGCAAAUGAACUCCUUCUUAGAUUUACCAACAUCCCUCAGUGGGGAGAAUGUAUCUUCUGUGAUGCACUUACUGGCUUUUACACCCAAACCUGAAAAGAAAAUGGAUUAAGAUCAGAAUGACAACUAAAUCACAAGAACACUGUCUUACAGGCUGUGAACAUGGCUAUGUGCAGUGUAAAAUGUCAGCCUAUUUUCCCCUUCUACAAGGAUACGUCUGCCCUGCUGUGAUCCACAGCUCGGGGACUGCCUAUUUCUAAACACCCUGUCCAACAGAGGAGGGAUUUACGCACAGGUACAAGGAGAUAGGAGUCACAGUGUGCGCCGCAUAAAGAAAAGAGGCUAUUUCCUCAGCUGUCUGAAUGAAGUUGUGUUUGUUUGUCCACGGGCCUGCAAGGGACUGAGAGUGACAGGGACAGAUUAAGAGAGGAGAGCGAGGAGGUGCAGAAAGAAUUAGUGUUGUCUGUCCAGCCGUGACACAAAGGCAGCUACACACAUCCUCCGUGAGUGGCCUCUUUGGUCUGUGAACUGGGGAGGAAUCAGUGUUGAGCUGUUCCCCAUCUGGUUUACGUGAGGGGGAGAUGGGAUGAGACAGCAUACAUCGCAUUCUGCAAGAGCUAGAAACACACCGCUCAAAGAUGCACACACGUAUAUGCACGGACACUCCAACAGCUUACUCUUUCUUGUUACCAAAAGUGUAUUUUUCAUGACAAAGUGACAUGCCUUUUUUUCAUGACUGUACCUCCAGAAUGAGGGAGUGCCUCAGCGUCAGAUACUGGUAUGAAUGGACUUUACUUUAUGCCUGGAUCUCAUGGAUAAUCCAAUGCCUGUGUCUGUUAAUAUCCACGCAAAACAACGCUGUAUGUCCUGCUCACGUUAGACAGAUUGAAUGAAACAAAUACAGAAGCCAUUGUAUCGUGAAUCUAAGCUGCUGAUAUACUUUCCUUUGAAGUUUUUUAAAAUCUGUUAAACUUUUCAUGUUAUCAGAGGUGAUGGUUUCAUGAUUUGUUGGACUCUGAGUGUUUGCAUUUUAACUCAGAAAACCCAGAUAUCAUCUUUUUGGCACUGAAGGAUUACUGGUCAUCUCUUUUGAUAAUUUCAACACCAUAAUAUCUCAAAUAAUACUUUCUUAUGAAGAGAAACACAUAUUCUGUGUCCUAAGUCACACACUAUUUCCUAUAUCAAGGGUCAUCAACUACAUUUGAACACGGGUCAGCUUUUCCUUAUCAGGCACUUUGGGGGGUCAAACUCUUAAAUAACCCCAACAAAAUUUUAAAAAUGUUCUACUUAACAUAUUUUUGUUUAAAUAUUUUUUAUUUUCUUUCGGAUGCAUGUAAUUUUCAGACCUCUAACAUUGAGAUCAGUCCCUAUAGCCAGCCACAAGGGGGCGAUUGAGAUAUUUUUGUUGAGUAUUCCUACAGCUGUCAUGUUGUCUGCCACUGGGUUUGACGCUAUGGUCGCUAAUAUGGUGUGUAAUAGAAAGUGAAAAAACCCCCUAGCAGGAAAAUUGCGCCUCCAAAACGCCUGUUUUCUGCAGAAAACUGCAAUUUUUAUCAAGAAAGGAUGGACUGAUAAAUAUGUGUUUGAUAUUCAUUAUAUUUGCUAAUAAUGGCUGACAGGUGGAUUUCUGAAAAAUCGAUGAAACAAAGCCAUUACUGAUUUUUUUUUCAGCCUCAGUUGUUUUGGAGUUGCUUUAAAAGCUCUAGGUAUCAAAAGAAAAAGAAAGAAAGAAAACGAUACCCAAAACCUGUCUGUCUGGCAACCUAGGAUUAAGGGUUUCAUUAAAAUGUCAAAAUAUGUUCAUCAGACCACACAAAGAGGCAUUUUCAAGGGUUCUUUCUGUUUCUGUUUGGGUUAAAAGUCACCAGUAAAGGAAGUCAAGUUUUAAACUGUAGUAGAGGCAAUUGCUGGAGUUAGCAUUAGCCUAUCAGUGCUGCUGUUGCAAAUAAGUCAACACUAUAAAACUUGCUUAUAAUCCAAGUUCAUACAGUCUUCAAAAACUAGUAUUUUCAGUGUAGUGCACAUCUGUAAACGGAAAGUUAAGAAAGCCUGAAAAUUUGGUAUUCGAUGCCUAUUGUGUCUUAUCAGCCGAUCUUAUGCAAGACAAGACAACCAGACCUGCAUAAGAUCAGCUGAUAAGGCAUUUAGCCGCAACAUCACGAGACUCCUCUGCAGGAAGUUAGCAGUCAUGUCAAAACACAAAACUAAACUUGUCUGUCAAUGAGAAAAUGGAAAAAUUAGGGAAAUUUUUGUUCUAGUAGCAAAUUUUUAGGCUUUCUUAACUUUCCUUGAACAAAAUAUGCACUACACAGAUUAUGUGGGGAAUUUGUCAUAGAAGUGUUUAUGUAGCGUUAAUAUCCAGAGAGUAACAUACCCCCAGAGCGGGUCGGACAUUGUGAAAUCAGAUGCAAACACUCUGUGUAAUGCAUUCAUCAUAUCCCACAAUGCAAUGUAAAAAGUAGUGAACAACUGACGGUCACUAACUGAGCAAUAUUUACCAUCAUGCAUUGCAGUUCAAGGCUUGUUUGACUGCUCUUAUGUAUGACAGAUGAUAGGAGAACAGUCAGCAUAAAUAUAGAACCCCUGAAAUACAGAGAAGUUUAGAUUUUGACGCAUUUUUACAGAAAUCUAUCAUUUGUUUGAAUAAAGUGCUAAAAAUUUGAGUAAUGUUUUUUCCCAUUGGUGAUUACAGUCAAUUAGGUGUUGUUGCAACACAUCAUAUUCAUGCAAAAGUGAUGAUAAUAAGUGUCCAUGGCCAGAAUGGUGUUCAGAAUCAUUUUUAGUAUUGUGCUGAUGAAUGCACAACAGAGCCCACUAUAGACAGCCCAUCAUAUUUUAGAAAUACGUAGAGGAUGGGUGUGUGAUUUGGGACACAACAACAGUGUUUUUGCAGUUUUGCUGAUUCUCUGAGUUCUGUGCAAACCUUUUCCCACGUUGGUAGAGUACAGACAGACUCAUUUUAUCAAGUGUUCUUUAUGCACUUUUAAAGUUAAGUUUCUUAUUGCAAUCUUAAAAAUGACUUAAGCACUUUUUUUUGCUUCUUAAUCAUGUAAUCGAGGCUCUGAUAAUUUAUGGUUUAUGAAUGUGACUCUUAAUAAAAACAAAUGUUUAGUAUAGUUUUGAUUGUGAAAGAUUAACCAUUGUUUUUGUAAUCACUUCUUCACAUGAUUAUUGCAGUAAGCCAACAUGUGCAUUUUAGUGUAUAAUAGUUAUACAGUGUUUAUUUUUUUAUUUUCACUGAGAUGAUCUUAAUGACUUUUGACUUUUAUUUGAUGUCAAAUCCUCAAGUGGAUGAAGCCAUUUUGCAAAGGCAAGCGUUUCCAGCCACAGCUUCCAGCUUAAAUCAGACAGGGACAUGAGAAAGACGCAAACCAAUACGCUGUCUGAAUUUAUUUGGAUCUCAAAACAAGAAAUGUAUAGUUUAAUACUCUUGGUUUUGGACUGAAGGGCUCAGUUUCACCUUUUUUAUUCAGAUCCAUGUCUGUGAAAUUGAGUGCACCUCUGUGAUACUUAUUUUUCUGAGAUUCUUAGCAGCUCACAAUCUUGCGUUGUAUGCUUUUUCCCUACAUCAUUUUGUUCAUGCCCAAAUCCCCCAGCCUUUUUAUCAAAACCCCGCUUUUUUUCUUAUUCUGCUCCUUCCCUUCAUUGCAAAUCCUCCCAGCAAAAAACACAGGAGAGGAAAUGAGAGGCAGAAAUGGAGGAGAGCAAAACCUCUCAGAGGAGAAGGGCCCAUUAAGCGAACCCCGUUUCCCUCCAAAGAAUGCGCCCAGAGAUGGAGGAAGAUGAAAGAAGUAAAGGGGAAAAAAACAGCUCUCUUUACUUUCUAAAGAUAGAUUUUUUUUCUCUCUCUCUUACUCUGAGAGGAAGGCUAACAGGGAGGCAGGUUAGGGGUUUGGAUUGAAGGAGGGGGAGAAUGAAAAGGAGGAGGGCAGGUUGUUUCAAACACAAAAGCAGAUGAAAGAAGUCUUUUGGCAGAGUACACUGUGAUGGAGACACGUAAGCACAUCACACAAUGUUAGCAACACUAAUCUGUGUUGGCAAAAAUCCAUCACAUUCACUUAUUUAGUCAUUGUUUCUUGCGUGUUCGAAUAGUGCACCUGCUCUGCAGCACUGCGUAUCGACUUCUACCAUUGAAUUGUGUCUCAUAAAAUGUGCUUUUGUGCUGUAGUCAACAAGUAUUUUAGCCAUUUGGUGCUUGCAUAUCCAUCCCUCUGCCUUCCAUUUCAAUCGACUUGUGCAUGAUUUACACAUUAUAUGACUCAUUCUAGCAGCCCUCUGCUCUAAGCCAAUCAAUACGAGCCCCAAAUUCAAAUAGACAAAUGAUAUACGGCUGUAUUUAUGUUGUGCUACUCGUGCACUUUUCGCUCUCAUUCUCUCUCCCUCUGUCAAACUUUUUGCAAGAUUUGGAAAAUGUGCUGGCGCCUUCUCACGCACUGCUUUUAAAUCAACCUUCCAUCUCUCCCCUCUCCAUCACAGACUACUUUGAAGCCAUUUAAUAUUUCCAAUUAGUUAAUGGAGCUGAUUGCAUUCAUAAAACCCUGCAGUAAGCACUUCUAGCCCUCAGGCCACGUCUACUUUUUUCUCUCUGCCUCCUCCUCUUCUGAGUUCUGCAGAAAUAUUACGAGUGAAAGCACUCUAACAGGUCCUCGGGCCCCCACUGCAGCAGCGUAUGGUGCCAAAGAGCCAUCCAUGCCUGUGCCUGAAUAAAAUAGGCUGCCUUUUUUAUGCCUCUCUUUACUAAUUGGACAGUGGAGACAAAAUGGGACUACGGGGAGUUUUAAUCUCCUUUCAGAUCCACAUGAUGAUGCUUUUCAGGAUCCUAGCCUGAGGGCAUAAAGCCAGAAUCAUUAGAAGUGUUCAACAAUCGUCCAAAGAGUGUCCAAGCAUCCAUCUUAAAUUACUCCACUAUUUUUGCUGUGACCCCACUGGUGAUUAACUGAGAGGAAGGGGAACCUAGAGCCUGGAGGGUCUGUUGUUAGGCUCUAAAUUAACACAACUGGAGGACAGAAGAGAAGACCCUCUGGGUGCUUUCAUGUGCAUACUAUCCAGAGUCUUACAUGAAGAUUACAUCUCACUUUGACCUCCAUAAAGCAUCACAUCUUACAGUGUAAAUUACACUAGAAACAGCCUUAUGGAGAGAAGCAGGGAUAGCUGCCUGCACUAGAAGUCAAAUACAUCUCUUCCACAUUGAGAAACAUUACAGAAUCAUGUUUUUAGUUGUUUGGCUAAAUUUAUCACCAGCCUAUUUUGAUGUCAUGUUUAUAAUCUGAAAGGCACUUUGAGGUUUGCAUGCAUUUUUGAUACCCCAAUCUGUUUAGUUAUGUAUUCUUGCAGCAACUGUAUUUUAUGCCAUUGUUCUUUUAACUUUGCAUUCAUUUCAGGAGGACAGUUCAGACAUAUGUGAAGUUUUUUGGUAAAUCUUCCUGUAUGAUGUCAUUUUUAUCAAAUGAAUCUAUGUAAAUGGUAAUGUUCUUUGA